AAACAGACCCGUUCUUCAACCCUCUCCUACCCAAAAUGAAGAGACCUGCCUCCGCAUCAACUGAUAUGAAGGCUUCUGCGGCAUAAGACACUCACCUUUUGCAGACAUGCCGGGGUCGUUAUACGAAAGCUCCAAUCUGGAUCGAGGCGGCAACAACAGGAAGAAGAAGAUAGAGGAAUUCUCUAGGUCUUCUCGGGAGAAAAUAGUUCAGUCGAAGAACAAAAUGUUCUCCAAAUUUACGUCGAUUCUCCAGCAUGCAGUGGAAGCGCUAGCUCCAUCACUACCCCUGCAGGAGGACUUUGUCUAUCACUGGAAAGCCAUUACACAUUAUUACAUUGAAACGUCAGAUGACAAAGCGCCAGUCACAGACACCAACAUCCCGUCCCACCUGGAACAAAUGCUGGAAAUUCUGAGUCAGGAGGAACUCGAACGGGAGUCUGGGGAGACUGGACCUUGCAUGGAGUAUCUCCUGCACCACAAGAUCCUGGAGACACUUUACACUUUGGGCAAGGCAGAUUGUCCUCCAGGAAUGAAGCAGCAGGUCCUGACCUUCUACACGAAGCUGCUAGCACACAUCCGUCAACCUCUCCUGCCACACAUCAAUGUUCACAGACCAGUUCAGAAACUGAUCCGCCUGUGUGGGGACGUACUUGCUGCUCCUACGGAAAACGAGGAGAUUCAGUUCCUUUGUAUAGUUUGUGCCAAACUAAAGCAGGAUCCGUAUCUUGUCAACUUCUUCCUUGAGAACAAGGCUAAGAAAAACGAGAACAAGAGUCCAGCUGGGGCGGACGGGCCAAAGGCCGCCGCGUUGGCUCCAGACACGGGUCAAGAACGCGCAGAAGGCAGUGAGGCGGCACAAGCGGCCGCUUCCAUCUCAAGUCCAAGCAACAGCAACAACAACAACAAUUAUAAUCUCGUUACCUCGCUGCUCAACCUUACCAAGAGUCCCGAUGGCAGGAUUGUGGUGAAGGCCUGUGAAGGCCUCAUGCUGCUGGUCAGUUUACCCGAACCCGCUGCUGCCAAGUGCUUGACUGAGAACACUGAGCUCUGUGAGCUUCUGACCGACAGACUGGUCACCCUCUACAACGCCCUUCCGCCCUCCAUGGACCCUUUGGACAUCGAGACAGUGGAGUCCAUCAACUGGGGUCUUGAUGUAUAUAAUGGGAAGGAGGAUGCUGCAAUGUUUGCGGGAAAGAGGCCUCUCAUCUCCUUCCUUUCGUGGCUGGAUUAUUGCGACCAGCUCAUUAAAGAGGCUCAGAAGUCGGCGGCCUCUGUGAUGGCCAAGGCGGUGCGCGAACGAUUUUUUGUUGGUGUGAUGGAGCCGCAGCUUAUGCAGACGUCCGAGAUGGGCAUCCUCACCUCCACGGCCCUGCUCAACAGGAUCAUCAGGCAGGUGACGUCCGAGGCGCUGCUUCAAGAGAUGGUGCGCUUCCUCCUGGGGGACGAGAGCGAAGCCGAGACUCCGUCUACCAUCGCUCAGAAUCCCGUCAGGCACAGGCUCAUCGAGCACUGUGACCACCUUUCAGACGAGAUCAGCAUCAUGACUCUGAGGCUUUUUGAGCAGCUCAUCCAGAAGCCCAACCAGCACAUCCUGCACAGUUUAGUGCUGCGGAACCUCGAGGAGAGGAACUACCUGGAAAACAAACCUCCCGAAGAACGAGAGCCCAUUGAAAACGGGCAGCCUCAUGACGCUGUAGACCUGGAGGAGGAUCCGCUGUUUGGCGACGACCUCUCGCCAGACAGCAGGUUGCCGUCUUCCGAUUGGCUCAGCCCGUCUCCGUCGCACAGUCCGGACCACUCCAAGUCUGAGGGGAAAACGGAAGUUCACAAGAUCGUCAACAGUUUCCUGUGUUUGGUGCCCGACGAGGCAAAGUCGUCGUACUUUGUGGAAGGAAGUGGCUAUGACACGUACCUCCGAGACGCGCACAGACAGUUCCGAGACUAUUGCGGCAUCUGUCUGCGCUGGGACUGGAGAGGAAGCCCCAAAGCCUUUGAGAAAUGCAACUUGGAACUCCCCUUCUUUGAGGGCCACUUCCUUAAGGUCCUCUUUGAUAGGAUGGGGCGCAUUCUAGAUCAGCCGUAUGACGUCAACCUGCAAGUGACGGCGGUGCUUUCCAAACUGUCUUUGUUACCGCACCCCCACCUGCACGAGUACCUGCUGGACCCCUACGUCAACUUGGCUCCCGGAUGCAGGUCUUUGUUCUCUGUUGUCGUCAGGGUCGUGGGGGACCUCAUGUUGAGGAUUCAGCGCAUCCCCGACUUCACCCCCAAACUGCUGCUGGUGAGGAAGAGAUUGUUGGGUCUGGAGCCCGAGGGCAUCACGAUCGACCACGUGACUCUCCUGGAGGGGGUGAUCGUGCUGGAGGAGUUCUGCAAAGAGCUGGCGGCCAUCGCUUUUGUCAAAUACCACGCCACCGCCUCUACGUCGCCAUAACGGCUCGCCCGCUCUUCUUGACGCGACUGUCGGGACUUGAUGGGCUGUGUGUUCCUGAGGUUCAAUACUGCCCAUGCAGCAGAGGAACAAGACUGAAGAUGGGCAACCUCUGCGUGUUCACUUUCACUGCCCAGCCAACCAUCCUCCUCCUCCUCCUCCUCAUCAUCAUCAUCAUCAUGAUGGAUGUUUUGUGUGUGGGACAAAAAGAUGCGUGUAUUUAUUUGCAGCCAUGGAUGCCAUCGCCUUAGUGUGGAAGCACACCAUUUUUGUUUAUGGAGCAUUUUUAUCUUUCGUGUUUUCCAUGCUUGAAGACAUGCAGUUAACAUUGUCCUUUUAAAAUGCCAAGUCCUCUUAUUUAUUGAUUUGCUUUCUUUUUAAACCAUCAUGGUAUUUGGAUGCUUUUAAUGCAGUCGACGGGCAGAUGAUUUAUUUCCUUCAUCCAAAACGAAGCUUCAUCGUCAUCCAAAGAGUUCACCAUCCAAUGUGGUGUUUAGGAGCCGGCGGACUUUUGCACAUGCACUUGUUACAUUUUCGCUUACAUUUGUACAAAGAUACAAGGCCUCUCUCACCGUUCCGUUCCCCACCCCGAGCCACUGAGCUCCUCUAUGUUUCUAUGCCUUCUUAUACAAACGUGUAUUUAAAAGCAGUGUUGUGUCUUGGAUGACCCAAAUGUGUACUAUAUUGUUACGUAUUCUUUGGCCAGGUGUAGGUUGCUUUAAAUCAACAUCUUACCACACUUCUUUUGGAGUACUUGAUGAGAAACUUCAAGAUAUUCCUCCAUGUGUCUUUGGUGUUUGAUUCAUUUUGAGAUUCGUGUUUCAGCCCUUGUGUGGGAAGGUUUGAGAGAGAUUUGUGUUGGUCUCUUUUGGUCUUGACCUGUUGAUGGAAGUGCUUGAACAGUCACACUUGCACAUUUGUAUUUCUUCACACUUGCUCAUUAUGUAAAUAACACAAAAGUUAAUCUGCCCCCCCCCCCACUCUUAACCCCCCAAAAUAGUGUAUCACAGGAGUAAUGUUCCUAUUUUGCAGGACUUGCCUUUUUUCAUGCAACUUUUAUAAUCAGCCAUCUUACCAACUUUGUGUGUUCAGUAUAUUGUAUGUGUACAAUAGCAAUAUAGAAGGAUACUACCUGGUGUCAAAAGAAUGCCGCGGCAUUAUUUUCUUUGUUGGAAGAGAGCAGAAGGCUAAUUGGCUGAGUUCUCCGUGACAUGUGAUGCCUUAGUACUUCUUUCUCGUCAUCUAUUUGGUUACAUCAGCUCACUUUGUCAUGGCCGUGACUGAUCUCGUUUGCUUUUCUUCGAUGUUGACCGGUCACUACUGUUCUCAGAGUCUUUCUGCUUCUUUUCCAACAAGAAGCAGGGGAAGCCUUGUUUCUUUUUUUUUCUGUCUAUUUUCAUUUGUGCAAUGCAAACGUGAGACAUAUGGUGCAUGAUCUUCCCUCCUGGUGCUUCACUGAGGAUUUGAGAAAGCAAGCCUAAUGUGUUCUCACCCACUUUAUUUCUCCCUUAUGAGCAAUCUUGACUUCAGUGCUGUUGGGACAAUGCGCUCUUGUUCAACUUUCUCCAUCUGAAUAAAAGAUGUAUUCCAACUGGGUUCAUUCAUGUUUGAUCUUGUUUUUAUUACAAAAUAUCUGUACAAUAAAAACAAAACAUACUCCUGUA